GCGUCAUGGCGGACGCGGCCCUGGACGCCGUGCGGAGCGAGUUGCGAGGAUUCCCGGCCGCGGCCCGCGAGCUCAGCGUGCCCUCUGCUGUGCCAUACCUGGACGAGCCCCCGAGCCCACUCCACUUCUACCGGGACUGGGUCUGCCCCAACAGACCGUGCAUCAUCCGCAAUGCCCUGCGGCACUGGCCGGCCCUGCACAAGUGGUCCCUCCCCUACCUGAGGGCCACGGUGGGCUCCACGGAGGUGAGUGUGGCUGUGACCCCGGAUGGUUACGCGGACGCCGUGCGAGGGGACCGCUUCGUGAUGCCGGCCGAACGCCGCCUGCCGCUCAGCUGCGUGCUGGACGUGCUGGAGGGCCGGGCGCAGCACCCAGGAGUCCUCUACGUGCAGAAGCAGUGCUCCAACCUGCCCACCGAGCUGCCCCAGCUGCUGCCCGACCUGGAGCCCCACGUGCCCUGGGCCUCUGAGGCCCUGGGAAAGAUGCCUGAUGCUGUGAACUUCUGGCUGGGGGAGGCAGCUGCAGUGACCUCUUUGCACAAGGACCACUACGAGAACCUCUACUGCGUGCUCUCGGGCGAGAAGCACUUCCUGCUCCAUCCGCCCACCGACCGGCCCUUCAUCCCCUAUGAGCUGUACAUGCCGGCUACCUACCAGCUGACUGAAGAAGGCACCUUCAAGGUGGUGGACGAAGAGGCCAUGGAGAAGGUGCCCUGGAUCCCGCUGGACCCCUUGGCUCCAGACCUGGCCCGGUUCCCCGGGUACAGCCAGGCACAGGCCCUUCGCUGCACGGUGCGGGCUGGCGAGAUGCUCUACCUGCCGGCCCUUUGGUUCCACCACGUCCGGCAGUCCCACGGCUGCAUUGCUGUGAAUUUCUGGUACGACAUGGAGUACGACCUCAGGUACAGCUACUUCCAGCUGCUCGACUCCCUCACGCGGGUGUCGGGCCUCAGCUGAGGGCGCCCUGCCCCGCGCUGCGCGAGGCCCUCCCAGGUUGAAGAGUUGACAGUCGAGGUCCUGUGGCCACUGCCCAUCCCAGCUGCUCCUGAGGACCCGGCAUCAUGGCUCUGGUAGGACCCCGCGGGACGCUGGGCCUAGUGGCUCCGGUGUGGUAGAGAACCUGUGCUGUUUGGGUGUACGGAUGGCCAGGGCAGUGAGCAGAAGCCUGGGGACAGGGCUGCCCUGAGAGUGUCCUGGGAACUGAGGCUCCCCGGCGCGUCCUGGGGCCCAGAGGGAGGUGGCUGCUUGCUGCGCCUGUCUCAGUUGCUUGGGGUAUGAGAGCCCUGGGGUUGACCCAGGUGGGUGAGCGUCCCCAGCUCUGCCCCUGAGCCAGGGAGCUCCCUGGGUGUAGCCCUCAUGGCCCUCUCAGGGGCAUGGCUGAAGAGCACAAGGUAAGACCACUGGCACAGGCCUCCCCGGCCUGACCCAUCUGCUGGAGCGGAGGUCUGGAGGCAGCUGUGUGGGGACCAGCCCUAGCUGGACUCUAGGACCCGCGGGACUUGCCAGUCUGUGGGCAGUUGGAGCUGUAGCUACUGCCCCUGCCCUGCGGAGCGCUACAGGGAGCAGCCGAGGGCCCUGAGGUGCCUCUUCCCCUACCCCAUAGCCUGUGUCCCCCAGCAGCCUCUGGGGAGAAGGAGCUGGGGGGCCUAUGUGUGGAGCCAGCCUGCUCCAGGGUCCGGUCCCCACUUGGGCACGGGUCUGCUUAACUUGCGUGCCUCAGUUUCCUCCUGGGCUUGGUCAUCAGGAACAGUGCCCCCGCGCAGGUCAGGCGGGUGAUGCAUGGGCUCAUGGAUGUGACACACUUGGCCCAGAGUUGGCCCAGGGCGUGUGUAGGUGCUGGCAGGCAUCCCGGAGAUGCCGUAGCUCCUGUUGGUGGCGAUCCCGCUGGGGCAGAGGGCAGGCUGAGCACUCAGCCUGACCCCUGUGGAUUGGGAUUUAGGGUAGAGGGCCUCAGUACAAGCCCGCACCCCACCCUGUGGCCCCUGUCACCUUGGACCCUGUCCGCCUGCCUCCGACCUGCCCCCUCCCUCCCCUAUAGGCCAAG